AUGUCAUCAACAGCUACACUAGCAUCAAGGAAUGAUAUACGAUCUUACAAUGAUAAUAAUAAUCGACAACAACUUCGAUCAUUGUUAAAAUACGUAAUUCAACGUCGUAGGGGUCCACUCGAUUCGUCCGACGCAAAAGAGGUCGAAAAAGGAAAACGCUACCGUGUCGUCUUCAUAGUACCCCAACAACGACAACAAGCACAUCCAUCUCAUAAAGCCUGUCAACGUUAUACAUUUCAAUCAAAAAACAAAAGUGGUAUUGUAAAGUAUCUAAAUCGUGAUUUACUUUUAUGGUCUGUUAUAACAAAUCAAAUUGAAUUAGCUGACUUGUGCUUAUCGUAA